UGACUGGGGAGCACUUCAGAGGAAGGGCUUGUUUCGCUACAGUUUUGUGAAAGUGGAACCGGGGCUUGAAGCUUCCUGUCUAACCUGCCUGCUUUCACCCGGCGAGGCGACGACGGACAUCCGCUUCGGACUUUUUAAACAUUUUUGUAGAGGCGCAGAGGUUGCAGACCAAGACCAGCUGUCGGAACAAUGAAGCUCCCCACGCUGCUGCCCUCUUUCGGGCUGACAGCCUGUGCUCUCCUGUUAUUGUUGCCACUGUUAGGGUCCUGUCACCCAGCACAGACCUCAGACAAAUCCAAGCUGCUCAUGGAGCAGUUUAGCAGCAGAUUUAACUGGAAAAAUGUUAGCUGCCCCCUGUGCAAAGCUGUCUUCACCAUCCUUGAUAUCGCUCUUCUGAGCGAUGCAAAUGAAGAGCGAGUGGCACAAGCAGUAGGCAAAGCAUGUAUCCAUCUCCAUCUGGCUGAUGAGGUGGUGUGUCAUGAAAUCACAGAGUUGUUCAGGGAUGACUUCAUCCGGGCCCUCCAGCAGUCUUUGCUGUGGCCUACUGAAGCGUGUGCCGUGCUGGUGGGGCCUUCCUGUGGCAAAUUUGACAUCUACGCAUCCUGGAACAUCACCUUGCCUAAAGUUCCUAAACCCCCUGUUACACCACCAUCUCCUCCCAAACCUGGUUCUCCAAAGAACAGGGUCCUAUUUCUAACUGAUAUCCACUUGGAUCAGGAGUAUGAAAAUGGCAGCUCAGCAGACUGUAAAGACCCUCUGUGUUGCCGUAAAGACUCUGGCUCUCCCAGCUGGCGGCGGAGGGAGGCUGGGUACUGGGGAACCUAUAGUAAGUGUGACCUGCCACUACGGACAGUGGAAAACCUCCUGGAAAACGUUGCCAGAGCUGGACCCUGGGACUGGGUCUACUGGACUGGAGACAUACCAGCACACAAUGUUUGGUCUCAGACCAGGAAACAACAGCUGUCUGAACUGACCGUCGUCUCCAGGCUCAUCCACAAACACCUGGGACCUGAUGUAACAGUUUAUCCUGCAGUAGGAAACCAUGAGAGUACACCAGUGAACAGCUUCCCACCACCUUUUGUUCAUGGCAACAGAUCCUCUGCCUGGCUCUAUGAGACCAUGGCAAAGGAGUGGGCACCAUGGUUGCCAGAGCAGGCUUUAAAGACUCUGAGAUACGGAGGAUUUUAUACCAUGGAGAUUCAGCCAGGCCUGAGGGUGGUCUCACUCAAUAUGAACUUUUGUGCUCGAGAAAACUUCUGGUUGAUGGUGAAUUCUACCGAUCCUGCUAACCAGCUGCAGUGGCUAGUCCAUAUUCUCCAGGCCAGUGAGGACAAGGGAGAAAAGGUGCAUAUUAUUGGUCACAUUCCACCUGGCCUGUGUCUUGGCAGCUGGAGCUGGAACUACUAUCACAUUAUCAACAGAUAUGAAAGUACAAUUAGUGGGCAGUUUUUUGGCCAUACACAUCUGGAUGAGUUCCAAAUGUUCUAUGAUGAGGAAACCAUGACCCGCCCAUUAGGAGUGGCAUUCAUCGCUCCCAGUGUCACUACCUUUGUUAAUCUUAACCCAGGUUACCGUGUCUACUAUGUUGAUGGGAAUUACCAAGACAGCUCUCGGCUGGUGCUUGAACAUGAAACUUAUAUCCUCAACCUCACAGAGGUAAACCACAGUCCAGGACGGCCAGGUAAACCUGAACCGAACCCAAAAUGGACUUUGCUGUACCGUGCCACUGAAGCUUAUGGUCUUUCCAGUCUGUUCCCCUCUGACUGGAACGGGCUGAUAAAGACCUUUUUCAGUGAUGACCAGGUCUUCCAGAAGUUCUGGUACUUCAGACAUAAAGGACAUGUCUCAGAGCCCUGCAAAGAGACCUGCAAAACCACAGUGCUCUGCUUUCUGCGAAGUGGGAGAUAUGAUGAGCUGGAACAGUGCGACCUCCUCAAUGGAUUUGGGGGAAACUUAGCCAGGGCUGCUAGAACAACCCUUUGUUGAUUUGAGGAAGUUUGGACUGGAUGGGUAGUGGGGCAAGGAAAGCAAUAUGACCAAAUAUGAAAUUGAGCCUAAAAGUUCCUCUUUGUUUCCUGUGGCUAUUUAAUCAGAUAGGAUUGUUAUAUUUGUUAGAUUCCUAUGUCAUUUGGGAGCCAUUACAGUUAGUUUGUGGAUUUCAUAAACCUGACAAGAGUUUCAAUGGUUCUCAGAUAUGCCUUGUGUUCACUGAUUGUAUUUGGCAAUAGGCCUUGGGUUUGUCAACUGCUUGAAAUGUGUUUUGUUUACUGGAAAUGAAAAGAACGACUGAGCUAGUAGGUAGUUUGUUCAGAGUCAAUACUUUUGGCAGUAGAUUGUGCAGUUCUACUGUAAUGGGUGCCUUGUUUUGUCCUGCAACUAUAAAAGCUGCUUACAUACUGUGUUACUACAGACAAUGAGUUUAAUAAAACUACAGUGUUCAUCAAAGGCUCAUCAAACUUUGCUUUGGGAGUAAUGGACCUUGUCGAUAAUUUCUCAGGUUUGAGUUUAGCUGAUGUAUACAGCAUGCAGUGAGUGUUAAAUUAAGACAAUUUUGACAAUUCAUAAGUAGCACAGUUAUGGUCAGUUUCUCAAGUAUCUAACUUUAAUGCACAGCAUUUCCCUUUUGAGGUUUACUUCUGUCUGCACUUUAAUUUUUGGUUGGGCAGUUCACUUGAGGAUUGAAUCCAGAACAGUAUUGAUAGACACACAGUGCAAGAAGCAUGAGAACGUACUCAUAUCUUUGUCUGUGUCAUCUGUGUUGUUCAGUGUGUGACAAGUCAUGCAGCUUGUAAAAUGAGCAAUAAUUGGAAGAGAUUGUAUGAAUUAUGUAUAAAAGAUUAAAUCUG